UGGUUAUGUUCAAUAUUUAUCCAAUUGUUUUGCAACAGAACGCUUAUACUCUGAAUAUCGUUUCAUUAUAGAGCAGAAAAAGCACUAGGAGAGCAAUUACGGAACGCAUCGCCAGCACUUUUUUAUGACAUCACAUUCUCAGCGCUGACAGUGAAUAUCGAAAUACAUAUAGCUAUCAUCGGAUGAGCACAUAUAUAUGAUAACUAAUAAAUAUAUACUGGGAAUGUAUAUAGGGAGUUUUAAAAAGGCGUGCCACAUAUAUAAGCGAGUGAGACUGACUCAUGAAUCGCAGUUAUUAGUAGGAUAUGGAAUAAGACAGAUGCUAAAGUGUGUCGUACGAGAGUAUAGUAAACAGGUUUUUCGCAUCAUGGAGAGACCAAUAGUGACUGUGAAACAGGGAAAAUUGCAGGGAAUCAUCGAAGAAAAUCUUCUCGGUUCUCAUUAUCUUUCUUUUAAAGGAAUUCCCUUUGCUGCUCCACCAGUAGGCGAGUUAAGAUUCAAGGAUCCGCAACCUCCCGCUUCUUGGACAGGUAUCCGAGACGCAUCGAAAAAUGCGGGCGACGUUAGCGCGCAAUUUCAUGAAUAUCCGACAAAAAGAGUUAUUGGGGGCGAAGAUUGUCUUUACCUCAACGUUUACGUACCUCACACUCUUCACGGAACAACACGAAACCCGGUAAUGGUUUGGAUUCACGGUGGUGCCUUUCACAUGGGUUCUGGCAAUGACACUGAGAAGCGACCAGAUUACCUCAUUGCAAAAGACGUGAUUCUGGUGUCUAUAAAUUACAGACUUGGUGCUUUAGGAUUCUUAAAUCUUGGUCACGAGGUGGCAAGCGGUAAUCAAGGCUUGAAAGAUCAAGUGGCAGCGUUGAGAUGGAUUAAAGAAAACAUCGAGGUUUUCGGCGGCGAUUCAAACAACAUCACCAUUUUCGGAGUGAGCGCGGGUGGUGCGAGCGCGCAUUUGUUAACAUUGUCACCACUCGCUAAGGGUCUUUUCCAAAAAGCCAUUUUUCAAAGUGGUGUAGCCACGUGUGAUUGGGCGGUGAGAGAGGACCAGCCGGAAUCUUUCGGUCUUGCAUCGUUAUUCGGCAAAGAUUCGCAGGAUCCCGUGGAAGUUGCUGAGUUUCUUCGAACAAUACCUGCGGCCGCAAUUGCCAAAGCGCAACACAAAGUUUCCAAUAAACUUACUGCGAAUUAUGUAUCCAGUCUUAUCACAUUCGGACCCACGAUUGACAAAACAGCUAAGACACCUUUUCUGCCGUGCGCCGUUUCUAAACUGCUUGAUAAUGGCAAUAAUAUACCAAUUAUUGUUGGUUAUACUUCUCAUGAAUAUAUCAUGUUUAUUAGAGAUACCGAUAAAAAGUUUUUAGAGGCGAAAGAAGCAGAGAUACCGAAUUACGUGGCCAAAGUUGCGAACACACAGGAUCCGGAAAAAAUAAAACAGUUAACCGAACUAAUUAAUCAGAGGUAUUUUCAAACAAAACCAAGCAGUGAGAAUAUGAUGCCUUAUAUACGAUUUUGGAGCGAUCUUCACUUUGACAUUCCUGCGAAAAGUCUCGCUGAUUAUCGAAGAAAGAAGAAUCAAGCGCCUACUUACCUCUAUAGAUUUUCUUACGUUGGUGACGAGAUCACGUCGACGAAGCUUAUGGGAAACAAGUUUGCCUCGCUUGGCGCUUCUCAUUCUGACGAGACGUCGUAUCUGUUUUACAAACCUGCAUGCAAGACUGAUAAUCCUGAACCGCCGGCGAUAGGAACGGAGGAUCGAAAAGUGAUGGAAAUACUUACUACUUUGUGGACAAACUUCGCGAAAACAGGAGAUCCUACAUCCGUUGUCGAUCGGUAUAUAACUUCUAAAUGGUUGCCAGCAACAUCAAAUGCCUUCAAUUACUUAGAAAUUAACAAUACUCCUGAACUGUCAACUGUUGCUGAUGACGAUAUUACAUUUAAGUUUCAAGAAAUGAUUGAAUGUUAAUUUAAUAUAUUACAUAAAUAAUACUUUUACUUGAAUAAUAUUUUUUCGCAUAGAUACUUAUAAUAUUAACA